AUGGCCGUCCUUUUCUUCCUCCUCCUCCUACCCCUCGCCGCCGUCUUCCUCCUCAGCCACCUCUACACCCGCCUCCGCUUCCGCCUCCCGCCGGGGCCACGGCCGUGGCCCGUCGUCGGGAACCUUUACCACAUCAAGCCAGUCCGCUUCCGCUGCUUCGCCGAGUGGGCCCAGUCGUACGGGCCAAUCAUCUCGGUCUGGAUCGGGUCGACCCUCAACGUCGUGGUAUCGAGCUCAGAAUUGGCACGGCAGGUGCUCAAGGAGAAGGACCAGCAGCUGGCGGACCGCCACCGGAGCCGAUCGGCCGCCAAGUUCAGCAGGGACGGCCAGGAUCUGAUAUGGGCCGAUUACGGGCCGCACUACGUGAAGGUGCGGAAGGUCUGCACGCUGGAGCUGUUCUCGCCCAGGAGGCUCGAGGCGCUGAGGCCGAUUAGGGAGGACGAGGUCACGGCGAUGGUUGAGUCCAUUUACAAUGAUUGUGCUGCUCCCAAUUCUGAUAACCCGGGAAAGAGCCUCGUGCUGAGGAAAUACCUUGGAGCCGUGGCUUUCAACAACAUCACGAGGCUCGCGUUCGGGAAAAGGUUUGUGAGCUCGCAGGGGAUCAUAGAUAAGCAAGGGCAAGAGUUCAAGGCUAUAGUUGCAAAUGGGCUGAAACUUGGGGCGUCCCUAGCGAUGGCCGAGCACAUCCCGUGGCUGAGGUGGAUGUUCCCGCUUGAUGAGGAUGCAUUUGCCAAGCACGGGGAGCGUAGGGACCGCCUCACACGGGACAUCAUGGAGGAGCACUCCGCAGCCCGCCAACAAAGCGGGGGAGCCAAACACCACUUUUUCGAUGCUCUGCUCACGCUCAAGGAUGAGUACGAUCUUAGUGAGGACACUAUAAUCGGGCUUCUCUGGGACAUGAUCACGGCAGGAAUGGACACGACGGCGAUAUCCGUCGAGUGGGCCAUGGCCGAGCUGAUCAAGAACCCGCGGGCCCAAAAGAAGGCCCAAGAAGAGCUGGACCGUGUGGUCGGGCCCGAGCGCGUGAUGACCGAGCUCGACUUCCCGAGCCUCCCUUACCUCCAGUGCGUGGCCAAGGAGGCAUUACGGCUCCACCCCCCGACCCCACUAAUGCUUCCUCACCGCUCAAACUCCCACGUGAAGAUCGGAGGGUAUGACGUCCCGAAGGGCUCGAACGUGCACGUCAACGUGUGGGCCGUGGCCCGCGACCCGGCCGUGUGGCAGGACCCACACGAGUUCAGGCCCGAGAGGUUUCUUGAGGAGGAUGUGGACAUGAAGGGGCACGACUAUCGGCUGCUCCCGUUUGGGGCCGGGCGGAGGGUUUGCCCGGGAGCCCAGCUCGGGAUUAACCUGGUGACCUCCAUGAUCGGGCACCUGCUGCAUCACUUCGAGUGGGCCCCACAGGGGGAGAUCCACAUGGCCGAGAGCCCGGGUCUCGUGACCUACAUGCGGACCCCGCUUGAGGCGGUACCGGCUCCGAGGCUGCAGGACCCGGAGCUGUACAAGCGCGUCGCGGUCGAUGACAUCUGA